CGAGCGGGCUGCACGCACAGUCCUCUCCUAACCGCGAGUGAGCGCGCUGCUGCCGCGGCGCGCCCUCCGCACACCGUAGCAGGCACAUGCCUACGAAAUGUCACCUACCUACAUUUCCCGAUAACGUCCGAUUAGCAAUUAACACCGCCGAAUAGCACGCUCAGUGCACGGCGCGUCGUUCGAUAGUUUUAAACGUUCUAUUAUUAACAGUUGUAUCUUUUUGUCGUGAAGUUUUUGUGACGUACCUACAUCAAUCAAACCGAAUUUAUUACUUCGAAGCGUAUUGUUGAAUUUUGAUACACGAUUUUUGAAAUCUACAAACGUUUUUGAGAGCGCGAAAAAUGUUCGAUUUUGUUCGUACUAAGGGCGUUUAAAGAUAAGUGUUAUACGAUGAGUCGGCAUCAACUGCGUGUCCCGGAGGUGCGCGUGAGUGGAGCGCCAGCGCAGGAAGAGGAUCGAGACGACUCCCCCGCAGCAUUACCCCCGUUUGCACUUACGCUUGCAACCAUUCCGCGACGCAGACACUCGUGGAUAUGCGGCUUCGAUGUGGAGAACGGGGGUGGUGCGGGAGGCGCGGGGGGCGCGCGCUCCCCCCUCGAGGGGGGAUCGCCGUCCACCGCGCUCGUCCUGCAGGCCAUGCCGCAGCGCCGCGAGUCCUUCCUCUACCGCUCAGACUCCGACUUCGAAAUGUCGCCCAAGUCUAUGUCGAGGAACAGCUCAAUCGCCAGCGAAAGAUUCAAGGAGGCCGAGGCGGCACAACUGGACAGAGCCCACGGGGAAGACUUGAUCGUGACGCCCUUCGCGCAGGUCCUGGCGAGCCUGCGCAGUGUUCGCAACAAUUUCUUAUGCCUCACCAACGUGCCGGUCGCCAAAUCCCGCAGGUCAUCGGGCGCAGCAUCCGCUGUUACUCCACAACCUAAGAAUCUAAACCCUGGAGACGAAGCCUACAUGAAGCUAGCCUUAGAAACAGUUGAGGAGCUGGACUGGUGCUUGGACCAGUUGGAGACCAUACAAACACACCGCUCCGUGUCCGAUAUGGCUUCACUCAAGUUCAAGCGCAUGCUGAACAAGGAGCUCAGCCACUUCUCCGAGUCCAGCAAGUCCGGCAACCAGAUCUCAGAGUACAUCUGCUCUACAUUUUUGGACAAACAACAAGAUAUCGACCUACCAUCUCUACAAGUGGAUGAGGGUGCCGAGGCGCGGGCCAAGAAGAAGGACAAACCGCGUCAUGCCGGACCAGCAACCACUAUGUCACAAAUAUCUGGCGUCAAGCGAACACUGACGCACACCAACAGCUUCACUGGUGAACGUGUGCCAAGAUACGGAGUAGAUACUCCUCAUGAAGAAGAACUGGGACGUCAGCUCGGAGAAAUCGAUCGGUGGGGCGUAGACAUCUUCCGCAUUGGCGACUUGUCUUGUGGACGACCUCUCACUGCCGUCGCUUACGCCGCGUUCACGUCCAGGGAGCUCUUGGGCACGCUGCAAAUCCCAGCGCGCACUUUCCUCGCCUUCGCCAUCACUCUCGAGGAACAUUACGUGCGCGACAACCCGUUCCACAACUCGCUGCACGCCGCCGACGUCGCGCAGUCUACUCACGUGCUGCUCAAUACGCCCGCACUCGAUGCUGUCUUCACUCCCAUUGAGACUUGCGCUGCUCUGUUCGCUGCGUGUGUGCAUGACGUCGAUCAUCCUGGCCUCACCAACCAGUUCCUCGUCAAUUCAAGCUCAGAACUCGCCCUGAUGUAUAACGACGAGUCUGUGUUAGAGAAUCACCAUCUUGCCGUGGCGUUCAAGCUUCUGCAGAACGAAGGAUGUGACAUAUUCGUCAACCUUCACAAGAAACAAAGACAGACGCUGCGUAAGAUGGUCAUAGAUAUGGUUCUGUCUACGGACAUGUCGAAACACAUGAGUCUAUUAGCAGACCUCAAAACCAUGGUGGAAACAAAGAAGGUAGCUGGAAGUGGCGUGCUACUACUAGACAAUUAUACCGACAGAAUACAAGUGUUGGAGAAUCUCGUACAUUGUGCCGAUCUGAGUAAUCCCACUAAACCGUUACCACUCUACAAGCGAUGGGUAGCACUACUUAUGGAAGAAUUCUUCCAACAAGGAGACCGCGAGAGGGAGCAAGGAAUGGAUAUCAGUCCAAUGUGUGACAGGCACAACGCGACGAUAGAAAAAUCUCAAGUUGGUUUUAUCGACUACAUUGUCCACCCGCUGUGGGAGACAUGGGCUGACCUAGUACAUCCUGACGCCCAAGACAUAUUAGACACUCUAGAGGAGAACCGCGACUAUUAUCAAAGUAUGAUACCGCCAUCACCGCCGCCAGCGCCCAUUCAGACGCAUUCCCUGCCCGACGACGACCGCCCCGAACAAAUACGCUUUCAAGUGACGUUAGAGGAGGGUGAGGGUUCAGAGGAGUGCGAAGGGGAGGGUGAUGGCGGGAUGUGA